UGCAAACGUCCCUCAUUGCGCAACCGCGGCCGGCUCGCCGGAGAGGGCGUGCCCGCGCCUGGCGGUCAGCGACGGCUCCGACCCCCCGCUGCUGCCGAGCCCGCUCUCCUCCCCGAUCUGGAGCGGCCGGGACUGAGGGGCGGAUCGUCGGGGCGGGCGGAGCCGCGCGCCGGCGGCGGCCGGCGGGAGGGCAGGGCGUUUGGCGACGCUCCCUGGCAGUGACAGCGGCGGCUCCCGCGCUGCGCACUUGGGCGACGCUCCCCGGCGGUGACAGGCGGGCGGGGCGGCGGCCUCAUUCCGGCGCGGGCGGGCGCGGAGCUCGGCGCGGGCGGCGGCGGCGGCGGAGGGGCGGCCGGCCGCCGAGGAUGCGGCUCGGGGCGCCGCGGUCCUGAGCCAGUGAGCGCGCCGCAGCCAUGACGGUGGAGUUCGAGGAGUGCAUCAAGGACUCGCCGCGCUUCAGGGCCACCAUCGACGAGGUGGAGACAGAUGUGGUCGAGAUCGAGGCCAAGCUGGACAAGCUGGUCAAGCUGUGCAGCGGCAUGAUCGAGGCCGGCAAGGCCUACGUCACCACCAACAGGCUCUUUGUGAGCGGCGUGCGCGACCUGUCCCAGCAAUGCCAGGGAGACACCGUCAUCUCGGAGUGUCUGCAGAGGUUUGGAGACAGCCUGCAGGAGAUGGUCAACUACCACAUGAUCCUGUUUGACCAGGCCCAGAGGUCCGUGCGGCAGCAGCUCCACAACUUCAUCAAAGAGGAUGUGCGGAAGUUCAAGGAGACCAAGAAGCAGUUUGACAAGGUCCGGGAGGACCUGGAGCUGUCCCUGGUGAGGAACGCCCAGGCCCCGCGGCACCGGCCCCAUGAGGUGGAGGAGGCCACCGGCGCCCUGACCCUCACCCGCAAGUGCUUCCGCCACCUGGCCCUGGACUAUGUGCUCCAGAUCAAUGUCCUCCAGGCCAAGAAGAAGUUUGAGAUCCUGGAUUCUAUGCUGUCCUUCAUGCACGCCCAGUACAGCUUCUUCCAGCAGGGCUACAGCCUGCUGCACCAGCUGGACCCCUACAUGAAGAAGCUGGCGGCCGAGCUGGACCAGCUGGUGAUCGACUCGGCCGUGGAGAAGCGGGAGAUGGAGCACAGGCAUGCGGCCAUCCAGCAGCGGACCCUGCUGCAGGACUUCUCCUACGAUGAGCCCAAAGCGGAGUUCGACGUGGACGCGCCCAGCGGGGUGGUGAUGGAGGGCUACCUCUUCAAGAGGGCCAGCAACGCCUUCAAGACGUGGAACAGGCGCUGGUUCUCCAUCCAGAACAGCCAGCUGGUCUACCAGAAGAAGCUGAAGGACGUGCUCACUGUGGUGGUGGAUGACCUCCGGCUGUGCUCCGUGAAGCCGUGUGAGGACAUCGAGCGGAGGUUCUGCUUCGAGGUCGUGUCGCCCACCAAGAGCUGCAUGCUGCAGGCGGACUCCGAGAAGCUGCGGCAGGCCUGGGUCCAAGCCGUGCAAGCCAGCAUCGCCUCCGCCUACCGGGAGAGCCCGGACAGCUGCUACAGCGAGAGGCUGGACCGCACAGCGUCCCCCUCCACCAGCAGCAUCGACUCGGCCUCGGACUCCCGGGAGCGCGGCGCCAAGGGCGAGAGCGUGCUGCAGCGUGUGCAGGGCGUGGCUGGCAACGGCCAGUGCGGUGACUGCGGCCAGCCGGACCCCCGCUGGGCCAGCAUCAACCUGGGCGUGCUGCUCUGCAUCGAGUGCUCAGGCAUCCACAGGAGCCUGGGUGUCCACUGCUCUAAGGUGCGGUCCCUGACGCUGGACUCGUGGGAGCCUGAGCUGCUGAAGCUGAUGUGCGAGCUGGGAAACCGCACGGUGAACCAGAUCUACGAGGCCCAGUGCGAGGGGCCGGGCAGCAGGAAGCCCACGGCCAGCAGCCCCAGGCAGGACAAGGAGGCCUGGAUCAAGGACAAGUACGUGGAGAGGAAGUUCCUGCGGAAGCCACCCUCCGCGCCCGCCCGGGAGGCCCCACGGCGCUGGCGGGCCCGCAGGUGCCCCGGCCAGCACAGCUCGCCCCGCGCCCCCGCCGCCCGCCGCCAGGUCCGGCUGGAGCCCGUCCUGCCCGCCGUGGCCGCCCUGUCCUCAGGUGCCGUGGAGCGCAGGUUCCGCAGGGACUCCCUCUUCUGCCCGGACGAGCUGGACUCCCUCUUCUCCUAUUUUGACGCAGGGGCUGCUGCGGCUGGUCCACGCACCGGACUCUCCUGCCCCCGGGGCACCCCCUGGAGGAUGGUGGGGUCUCGGGAGGCGACAGGGAUCCUCAGGGCCCCUCUGCCCAUGGACCCCGCAGGUCUGAGCAGCGACAGUGGCUUAGGGGGGAGCUCCGAUGGCAGCUCUGACGUCCUGGCCUUCGGCGCCGGCUCCGUGGUGGACAGUGUCCCCGAGGAGGAGGUGGCGGAGGAGUCAGACUCCAGCGGAGAGGCGGACGGAGACGCGGAGGCCUGGGCGCUGGCGGACGUGCGUGAGCUGCACCCCGGGCUCCUGGCGCACCGCGCGGCUCGCACCCGGGACCUCCCCGCGCUGGCCGCGGCGCUGGCCCACGGGGCGGAGGUCAACUGGGCCGACUCGGAGGACGAGGGCAAGACGCCGCUGGUGCAGGCCGUGCUGGGGGGCUCCCUGGUCAUCUGCGAAUUCCUCCUGCAAAACGGGGCGGACGUGAACCAAAGAGACAGCCGGGGCCGGGCGCCCCUGCACCACGCCACGCUCCUGGGCCGCACCGGCCAGGUCUGCCUGUUCCUGAAGCGGGGCGCCGACCAGCACGCCCUGGACCACGAGCAGCAGGACCCUCUGAGCAUCGCUGUCCAGGAGGCCAACGCGGACAUCGUCACGCUGCUCCGCCUGGCGCGCAUGGCCGAGGAGAUGCGGGAGGCGGAGGCGCCCCCCGGCCAGCCCGGGCCCCUGGCGGUCUGCAGCCCCACGGAGCUCCAGUACCGCAGGUGCAUCCAGGAGUUCAUCAGCCUCCACCUGGAGGAGAGCUAGGGCGGCGGCCCUCUCCGGAGUGUCCGGGCCCAGCAGCCUGCUCUGCCCUCCGCGGAGCCGUCCGGGGAGGGGGGACCCAGCCCCAGUCUCCCGAAGCCCCACGUUUCCCCAGAGGUGCUGACCCUACGUCCUCAGGUGACUUCUCCCCGGGGCCUGGGCUGCCCACGCCACAAACCGCUCUCGAGGCCCUGGUCCCCUCGUACCCAGGGCCGUGUGCUUCUGUGUCCCUCGGACCCGGGGCCCGUG